CUUGGUUUCUCCGCGAACAGAGGAGCGCUGCUGGACAAGUGUUCCCUCAGCGGUAGGGUGACAGCUGAACGGCCACUGGCCCGUAAGACUGUCGGGAUUAGCACGGGGCUCAGGAGCUCGCUGUGGUCAUGGUGAAUGAAAGUCUCAACCAGGAGGAGAGAAAUGACAGACCUGUCCCAGAGUCUGCAAUUCAGAUGGACACCAGCUACUCCACCCAUCCCAGCGACUCAGGCCAUCCCAGUGUCUCCAUCCAUCCUAGCGUCUCAGGUCAUCCCAGCGUCUCCAUGGACCCCAGCGUCUCUGCCCGUCCUAGCAGUUCAGCACCCCCCAGUACCUUUGCUCAACCCAGCGGCGUGAGCCAUCCUAGUAUCUCCGGUCAAGAAAGCAGCGUGAUCAAGGUGAGCAAGCGCCGUUGGGCCGUGGUCCUAGUGUUCAGUUGCUACUCCUUGUGCAACGCUUUCCAGUGGAUCCAGUACAGCUCCAUCAAUAACAUCUUCAUGACCUUCUAUGGCGUCAGCGCCUUCGCCAUCGACUGGCUGUCCAUGUGCUACAUGCUGACCUACAUCCCUCUGCUCCUGCCGGUGGCCUGGAUGCUGGAGAAGUUUGGUCUUCGUACCAUCGCUAUCAUCGGCUCAGCACUCAACUGCCUGGGAGCCUGGGUGAAGCUCGGCAGCUUGGAGCCUCACCUCUUCCCAGUCACAGUGUUGGGUCAGGUCAUCUGCUCCGUGGCACAGGUCUUCAUCCUGGGCAUGCCCUCACGUAUUGCUUCGGUCUGGUUCGGGGCCAAUGAGGUCUCAACAGCUUGCUCCGUGGCUGUGUUUGGCAAUCAGCUUGGAAUUGCAAUUGGGUUUUUGGUCCCUCCUGUUCUGGUACCCAACAUCAAAGACCAGGAAAAGCUUGCCUACCACAUCAGCAUCAUGUUCUACAUAAUAGGAGGUGUGGCCACUCUCCUCUUCAUCCUUGUCAUCAUCGUAUUCAAGGAGAAGCCCAAGUACCCUCCCAGCAGGGCCCAGUCCCUGAGUUAUGCCUUGGCGUCCACUGAUGCUUCGUACUUAAGUUCCAUCAUCCGGCUCUUCAAAAACCUCAACUUCGUGCUCCUGGUCAUCACCUAUGGUCUGAACGCUGGUGCUUUCUACGCCUUAUCCACUCUGCUGAAUCGCAUGGUGAUCUUGCACUUCCCGGGGGAAGAAGUGAAUGCUGGAAGAAUCGGUCUGACCAUUGUCAUCGCAGGGAUGUUUGGAGCUAUGAUCUCAGGCAUCUGGCUGGACAAGACCAAAACCUACAAGGAGACAACCCUGGUAGUGUAUAUCAUGACUCUGGUGGGCAUGGUGGUAUACACAUUCACCUUGGACCUGGGCCGUUUAUGGGUAGUAUUCAUCACUGCUGGUACACUGGGCUUCUUCAUGACUGGCUAUCUGCCCCUGGGGUUUGAGUUUGCUGUGGAGCUCACGUACCCGGAGUCUGAAGGCAUGUCAUCGGGCCUCCUCAAUGUGUCAGCACAGGUAUUUGGGAUCAUCUUCACCAUCUCCCAAGGCCACAUCAUCGACAACUAUGGGACCAGUCCUGGAAACAUCUUCCUCUGUGUGUUCCUUGCCCUUGGAUCAGCGCUCACUGCUUUCAUUAAGGCAGAUCUUCGGAGACAGAGGGCAAACAAAGAUGCUCCUGAGACUAAAGUCGAGGAGGAAGAGGAGAUCAACACCAUCAAGGUACCCACCAUCGUGUCGGAGGCUCAUCUCUAAGAGAGAGAGAGAGAGGUGGCAGAGACUCAAGAGCACAGACACUCCUCUCCGGGUUCCAUUUACCUGUCACUGCCAGCACCUGGAUUGUCACGGAGAAGCUUUGAGAGGAAGCGGCUGGAAGAGGUGACUUGCCUGGAAGUGCCUAUUGCCUACUGGACCCUCCCUGAGAACCUGGAUGGUUUCCUCGGGGGGUAACCUCACUUCUCUCCAGAUGCAGACUGGAUUCCGGUCCCCUCUACCUCUUAGGUCUCUGGCUAGCAUUGGGGAGAGGCUGGCGGAGGGCGUUGGAGUCCAUCUUUGCUUGGUCCUUAUCUUCUCUUUAUCCCGUUCUUCCCUCCUGGUGAAUGCUCGCAGAAUUACCCUAAGAAAGCUUAUUCAGGAUACUAACCUUUUCUAAUGUCUUAAGACUCACCCACACAAAGCCCAGUCCUUCCUGGGAACGGGCAAGCUGCUCUGCCUGAGGGUCAUGAGGAAGCACCGUGGUACAGCUUCCAUCAUCCCACCAAGGCAGCUCUGUCAGGACUCUUGGCCUUUGCCCUUCCGGCCUAACCCUGCCAUUUCUCUUCAGACCUCCUUUCCUGAGAGCCAAGGAGACUAAACACCAAUAAACCAGGCAAAACCUUUCUGUGGCCCUGAAGGAGAAACUGACUGGAGGGGGUUCACUAGCUAGGUGGGGACA